UGUCAUGGUACGACGAUGGGAUGUAGCUUGGGUUUGCUUCGUUUGUAUAUCACCGAAUAAGAAAAAGUGAAUAAUUCAGAUACCACUUAAUGUCUACGCAUAUCUUCAUGUCCUUCUACUUAUUUCCAGAACUAUCAUCUUUUGUAUGCUGUGAUUCCUUCUCCGUUUUUGAACAGUAUCGGCCAAGCUUUUUUCAAAAUUGCUCCCAGUUGGGUUGUUCGGUCUUACGCGUUGUCCUGCUUCCCCCUUUUUACUUGUCAGCAAUCAACAUAGUCGUUUCAAACACAUGUAAAGUGUAUGUUAUUUUCUUUGUCUCAUUCAAGAUAGCACAACACCUCCUUUGUAGCUCCUGCUAUUAACUAGCUUCAGACGCUGACAUAA